ACAGUCUCCGAUUGGCUACACAUAAAACGCAGAGUUCAUCUUUCAGUCCAAAUUGGUAUUUCAUCUUCACUUUCAUUCCCUGAAAAUUCAAUCGGAGAAGAAAAUGUCGGUGCAGGAAUAUCUGGAUAAGCACUUGCUAUCUCGGAGAAUCGAAGACGCUGUCAAUGCCGCCGUUAGAGCUAAAACUUCCGAUCCCGUCCUCUUCAUUUCGAAUCACAUGAGGAAAGCUGUACCUUCGGUGAUAACUAAGGUGAAAGCCCGGCAGAUAUUGGAUAGUAGAGGGAUUCCGACCGUCGAAGUUGAUUUGCAUACUAACAAAGGACUCUUCCGUGCUUCUGCUCCCAGUGGUGCUUCUUCUGGAAUGUAUGAGGCGAUUGAACUACGUGAUGGAGAAAAAGGAACUUAUCUUGGAAAUAGUGUGAAUAGAGCUGUCAAGAAUAUUAAUGAGAAAAUUUCAGUGGCAUUGGUUGGUAUGGAUCCAACUCUUCAAUCUCAGAUUGACCAGGUCAUGAUAGACUUGGAUAAAACGGAAAAUAAGAGUGAACUUGGAGCAAAUGCUAUUUUAGCUGUCUCCAUAGCUGCUUGCAAAGCUGGAGCUGCUGAAAAAGAGGUUUCUCUUCACAAACACAUUGCUGAUCUUUCUGGUCAAACAAGCCCGCUUCUUCCUGUUCCGGUCUUUACUCUCAUAAGUGGAGGAAAGCAUGGUGGAAACAACUUGGCUAUUCAGGAGAUAAUGAUUCUUCCAGUGGGAUCAAACACAUUUGAGGAAGCUUUACAAAUGGGUUCAGAGACAUAUCAUCACCUGAAGGCAGUUAUUACAGAGACAUAUGGUGCACAUGGGUGUAAUGUUGGUGAAGACGGCGGUUUUACUCCCAACAUCUCAAGCUUAAGAGAUGGCUUGGACCUUGUUCAAAAGGCUAUUGGGAGAACAGGAUACAAUGAGAAAAUAAAGAUAGCAAUUGGUGUUGCGGCCACUGAGUUUUGUAUAGGUACAAAAUAUGACUUAGAUUUUAAAACUCCAAAUAAAUCUGGACAAAAUUUUAAAUCAGGACAGGAUAUGAUUGAUAUGUACAAAGAACUGUGCGCAGACUACCCCAUUGUAUCAAUUGAAGAUCCAUUUGACAAGGAGGACUGGGAGCAUGUCAAGUACUUUUCUAGUCUUGGAAUAUGCCAGGUGGUUGGAGGCGACUUAAUAAUGUCAAAUCCUAAACGGAUCGAGAGAGCCAUACAAGAGAACUCAUGCAAUGCUCUUCUUCUCAAGGUUAAUCAGAUUGGUACAGUGACGGAAGCCAUUGAAGUUGUCAAGAUGGCCAAGGAUGCCCAAUGGGGGGUUGUGAUAUCUCAAAGACUUGGUGAAACUGAAGACAGUUUCAUAUCUGAUUUAUCUGUUGGCUUAGCUACUAGUCAAAUUAAAGCUGGUGCCCCUUGCCGAGGAGAACGACUUGCAAAGUACAACCAGUUGCUUAGAAUUGAAGAAGAGCUUGGUGAUCAAGCAGUUUAUACUGGUGAAAAGUGGAGGAACUGAUCUUUUUUUCAUCAGAAUUCUGGUUUUGGACCAUUCCAUUUAGCAGUGGCACUAUCUCUUUCAGUUUGCAGCACAACAACUACAGUUCUGAACAUUCUUCCCACUGUGCAUUACACUUGAAAAUGCUACAGUGUCUUCUAGCUUUGUACUAAUGAUUGCGGUUUGCGAGAUGAGCUUGUUUGUUCUAUGUACUAGUAUUUACAUCUAAAUUUUUUCUGUAUCUAGGUACAUUUGUAGAUCAACUUGAAGAGCAAUCAUAAAUUAAUUUAGCUUUUUUGCAACUUA